GAAGUCAAGGAUGAAGGCUAGACUGCACUGUGUGGCUGUGGGCCUGAUGCUAUGGAUGGGGAGCUCCAGGUUUGGAGAAGGGACUGCCAAUCCUGGAAUUGUGGUCCAGAUCACUAGAAAAGGCCUGGAAUAUGCCCACCAGUAUGCAAUUGCCAUCCUGAAGAAGGAGCUGUCUACCAUCAAAGUGCCCAAUCUCUCAGGACACUUCAGGAUUCGUUGGGUUGGAUCCGUCAGCUAUGAUUUUCACAGGUGA